AUGGCUUCCUCGACCUCAGCCGCCCCGAGUGAUGGAAGCCACACCGAGCAAACCAUUCACAAGAUACCCGACAUCCUUCCUCGCGAGCGUGUAUUUCCCAUCCAAAUAGGUGGCGAGAUAUUCAAGCUCUCUGGCGCCUCCAUCUCCUCCGACGCACCCUCCUACUUUUCGCAGUACUUUCUGUGUCAAAUCAAACAGGCCCAGCAAAAUGGCCAAGACAUUUCCGCCAGCAUCCGCACGCUGUACAUCGACCGCGAUCCCGUUACCUUUAGCGAUAUAGCGUUGCACUUGCAAGGCUAUCACAUACAGCCGCACGACGGCACCCAUUUCGUGCGCCUCUUUGCCGACGCGCAAUUUUACAACUGCAAGUUAGCCCUUGAAAUCAUGGUGACGUUGUAUGAGGAGAGCAUCUUUAUAUCCAUUGGCGACCGCGAGUUCCAGAUCCCGCGCGACGUCCUGACCGACCCCGCAAAUUCUCCUAAUUACUUCUCCUUGGGAUUCGGUCUCUUAUUCGCCCGACGCGACGAAGUGUUCCCCGGUCUCGACCGUGAAGGGCUGAUACGGCCACCCUCCAUCCUCCCGCCCAGUGUUCCAAACCGCAACGCCGAUACUUUUGCAGAUCUUCUACGCCUGCUUCACGGAUAUCCCAUCCGAAUACGGGACGAGACGCAUCGUGACGAGCUGCUGCGCGACGCGCGGUAUUUCCAUUUCAAGGGCCUCGAACAGAAGCUGAUUCCCCACUCCAUCAGCUUCAAUUCAGUGAGGCAGCGCAGCGAAAUCGUGUUACGGCUAGAGAACGUGCAGAAAAGUGGAAUACACAUCAUUCACGACCGUGCAGAAGAAGUGAUUGAGGAAGGCGGCAUUGCUGCAUUUGCGGAGUCCAUGUCGGGCUGGGUCAACUACUCCCGGCCAUAUGUAGACGAUGCUCCCGCGGAGCUUGUCCUUGAAAUUGGAGCCGAAUCAACUCGCCUUCACUUCACGACCGACGGACCGCGGGCCGAGUUCUUUGGCGACACAUGCGCGAGAGUGUCCAAGCUUUUCGAAGUCAUUGCGACGAAGCUCGGCCUACCCCCGACGACACAACCUCUCGGCUUGCUCAUGGCAUCAGGCGGCGCCCGGUCACUACGGGCGGUGCCGGGAAACACGCCUCUGAGUGAGGACCUUGUUAUUGUCCGCCUUGGACCCGAAGCGGCCGUGACGUUGGACGGAGAAGACUACACAUAUACUCCGCCACACUUGGCAGAGAAUGCAGACUCGGCAGGCGCAAACUCGCGUAAGCGCCGGCGCACAGAAGGCGCGCUCUCGGACGAGCCGCUUGAGGGGGAGAACUGGACGAUUAAGCGAGGGCAAUGGAGGCUGCGUAUUCAGCGCAGCACGCACGGAAAGAGCAACUUUGAGUGCGCAAUGGAGGCGGUGUGCCUCGAGGCCUUUAGCUCCGAGCUGGGGCGGAAUAAGACGAGGGGGUUCUUAAGGAACUAG